AUGGUCGCAUCAAUUCUCGCCACAGUCGCACCUUACCAUCUCUGGACCUACUCGCUGCUCUUCGGAGCCACGGCCUACCAGUCCUUCUACAAUGGCAUAAUGGCCUACCGAGCUCUGCCCCAUGAGCACUUUUCCAAUCUCCAGGCCAAGUUGUUCCCGGGCUACUUUGCGUUCCAGGCGCUGGCCUCAGGCAUUCUGCUAUUGACGCCACCAUUUGUGGCUGGCCCCGCCUUCUACUGGCCGCUGGGCAUCUGUCUGGUGGGCGGUCUGCUCAACACGCUGAUUCUGGGCCCCGCUAACCGACGGGUCAUGGCCCAGCGAAAGGCCCAGCUCGACAAGGAGGGGUUGUCCCACCACAAGGACCCCAAGGCGUCGGCCGAGCUCAAGGCCAUCAACAAGGAGUUUGCCAAGGUCCAUGGAGCCUCGGUGCUGGUCAACCUGAUCGCUUUCGGAGCCAUGACCUUUUACGGAGCUACUCUUACCGGAGGGCUGCUCAAGACCAUUCCCAAGUGA